CGCUCCUGUUUCGUUAAAAUCGACUCGAGUUUUUCCCCUUUUCCCCCGUCUUUCUUUCGUCCUUUCUCUAUUUUUUGAAUUAUUCAAUUUUGCCACAAUUUUCGGGGGCAAUGCGCGCGACAGCGCAGUAUUGUUACUGAUUUUGUCUUUGGUCAGUUUUCCUGAUUCUCCAAUUCUAAUGAUUGUGCCGGAAGAUGACGGAGAUUCAAUUAGCUCUCGAUACGCGAUCAAAAUUCCCGUCGAAAUGAGAGAGUGGGCCUGUUCCAUAGUUUGUUUAUUGCUUAAGUCGAGAGAACUAAGGCUCCUGACGUCACAGGAAUUGUCCCGGAGAUAUUUCACCAUCGGAAACCCCUAAAAAUCAACUUAAAAAUGCCCCAAAAUUCGGAUUUUUAAAACGAUUCUGUCGUAAGGCGGAUGAACACGUUAAAUUAUAGUCUACCCGACUGUUACAAAGAAGAAAUCAACACGACGAUCAAGAACUUCUUCCGGAACGCGCCUUCCGUUGGGACACCAAACAAACGUAAAAGAGCUGCAGGUGCAUCCAACACUGCAAUCAUUUUAUUAAACACUGCAGCCUCCUCAAACCCUGCAGUCUCCUCAAACACUACAGCCCCCUCAAAUACUACAGCCCCUUUAAACACUGAGCCUCCACCCAACGAUGCAGAAACCUCAAACACUGCAGCCGAUUCAAACACUAAAGUCUCCUCAAACACUAUAGCCUCCUCCAGUGUUACAGGCGGGACACACAUUACAGAUCAGCUGGCAGUAGUCACACCUCACUCAGAUUUUGUACAACCUCAAAAAGAUGUGGCCAUAGAACAGUUGUCGGAAAUCGCACAACCACUCCCACGAGCCUCACCGAGGCAGCCCUUUCGUGCAAAAACAAGUAAAAUGAAGAAAGCUUUGUUCUCCAACGGAAAUGUAGUCUCAAAUCGGAUGAAGAAAAAUGAAACUGACACGAGGGUCCUCAGAAAUCGCCCAAACUCCGCAACUAGCAAGGCACCAAAUAAGUCGUUUCUAUCAGAGCCGACGAUUUCCUCAAUGUUGGAGCUAUCAAUGAAUGUGCAUGACCUCACUAAUGACGAUGAUGAAGAAGGAGAAGCAUAAUCUUUUUAAUCUUGUUAAUUCUGUAAAAAUAAAUUUGUGUCAUUUUGUGUAA